AUGCUUCAAUUGUUUAAAGCCAGCCCUAAAAACGAAUCAGGUAUUCGAAAAGUAGUAUAACCCUCAUCACCAGUAGCUAGUGAUAAGUAGAAUGACUAAAAAUUGUCACCAAGAUUUAAGGAUAGAAAAAAUCAUAAUCAACUCUUACUUAAAGAUUAAAUCGUAACAGUGGUAGAGAGAUACUUGAUUCAGGAUGAAAAUAUAGAUCCAGAAAAUAUGACUGAAGUUAGAAUCGGGCAGAGGGGAGGAUUCGGAAGAGUUUAUGAGUUUGUCAAUUCAGAGAAUAAGCAAAUGUAUGCAGCGAAGAUCAUAGAUAAACAGACCUUGUAGAAAUUGAGAAAGAAGCAAAAGAUAUAGUCAGAGAUUCAACUUCACAAGAGACUUGAGCAUCCCAACAUUGUUAAGUUUGAGCAUUUUUUCGAAGACGAAGAGAAUGUCUAUAUGGUCUUGGAGCUCUGUCAAAAUCAAACACUGGCUGAUCUUCUGAGGAGGAGAUAGUUCUUGAGUGAAUUCGAAACUAGAUAUUACAUAAAGUAAAUCAUAAGUGCUCUUAAAUAUCUUCACAAUGCACCUUUAAGGAUACUUCACAGAGAUCUUAAACUAGGAAACAUAUUUUUAGAUUCAAAGAUGCAAGUCAAGCUAGGAGAUUUCGGACUCGCAACAUAACUUAUUUAAGACAACGAUUUGAAAUAAUCUAUUUGUGGUACACCUAAUUAUAUGGCUCCAGAGUUAAUUAUGGCAAUUGGAGAUAGUCAAACUAAUGAUUUAAAACUAUGUGGCUACUCAUUUGCUGCAGAUAUAUGGGCUGUAGGUGUCAUAAUGUAUUCAUUAGUUUGUGGUAGACCACCGUUUGAAACACCAGUAGUCGAGGAAACAUAUAAGAAAAUUAAGAAAGUAAAUUAUAUAUUCCCGACUGAGGAGUAAAGAAAAAGGAUGGGCCUCUCUCCUCUGAGCUAUGAGUUCAUGGAUUUGAUCACCUUAAUACUCCAAAAAGAUCCUAGGAUGAGACCAUCUCUUGAUCAAAUUUAGAGUCACUCCUUUUUCACCUCAAAAUACAUAAUUCCUGCAGAACUGCCUUAAUAUACCUUGACUUAAGCGCCCUCAAAAGAGUUUAUUAGUCAUUUUAAGAAUGACCAACUGAAAAAACCAGACCAGAUUAAGAAAUCACCUAGAAACAAUUUAGUAAUAUUGGCCUAGCAAUCAAAAACACCAGAACUCAUUUUUAACUUAGAAUUCCUUGAGGAAAAUCUAGAAUUAAAGAGACUUGAGCUCGAAUUGAUUGAUGAGUCACUACUGGUGUAAAGGUGGGCUGACUACACUAAGAAGUAUGGCAUUGGCUAUAAACUGACGAAUAAUACCUACUCAGUUUUAUUCAAUGAUCAUACCUCUAUAUCAUAAUCAAUUGAACAGCAAUCAAAUCAAAUGUUUUCUUACUGCUCUGUUCAAACUAAAGAUAAGAAAUAAGAAAUAUAGGAGUACUCUAUUUAAUCAUGCCCCAAAAUUCUUGAGAAAAAGAUGACAUUACUCAGGUCAUUUCAAAAGUAUCUCCAGCAAAUGGAACUAUAAACUAUGCUAGUACCUUCAUACCUUGAUAUAAGAGAAAAUGUUAAGAAUCUCAAGGAUAUCCAUGUCAUCUAGACUUUCUAAGGGGAUAAGUGCAUGCUAUUUAUGAUGUCAAAUCAGUAAAUUCAAAGUCAUUUUAAUGACAACUCAAUGAUUAUCAUUGAUAAGAAAAGGAAAAUCGGAGUGUUUUUUAGUCCAAAGCACCCUAAAGUCCCCUACUCCUUUUACAUAAAUAAUCCUGAAGAAAUUAAAAAGAUUAAGCCAUCAGCUUACAAAAGGUAUCAAAUAAUACAAGAAUAUGAAAAAUCUAGCUUUCAACAAUACAAUGAGGCCAAGCUUUAAUAAUUAAUAACUGCUGCAAUAAGACAAGGAGAAUUCUAUAAGAGAACUCAAUACACCAGAGUUGGAUGGAAUUAAGACAAUGGCUAUGAAUAUUGGAUCUUUAACUCAAAGGGAAAUUAGUAAAAAAGACACUAUGAUUGA